AUGAUGGGCCCUGCGAUGGUCCCAGGGACGGUGGGGCAGGAUGGUACCGGCGUCACAGUGAGGAAGCAGGAGACAGGGAGCGGGCCGCUGCCACGCUCACGCCUGGGGCCAGGCCUGGUCUCGGACACUCGUCCUCCACUCUCAGGGGCCAACACGGCGGCCAGGGAGACAGAAAUCCAGCCGGGGCCCUGCUCCAAAGAAAACUUUCCUGUGGCACACAAGGAAAACAGUGGCGCUCUUCAACCCAGUAAGGGCUUCCUCUUUACAACCCAAGUGUCCGCUCAGCGACCGCCCCAGCUGCAGUACGUGGACCCCGUUCCCUGUCUUUGGAUGCUCUCCUGUGACCCUCCAGACGCCCACCAAGCAGGGCCCCCUCCCUCCCUAACUCUGCGGCCUCUGUCCCUACCCCCCACCCCUGUGUACGCCUGUCUAAAUGUCCAUCCGAGAGGACCCGGCAUGAUCCACAGUCGGCAGAGGCGUGACUGUGAAUCAGCGCGGGUGGACCGUAACUCCCUGUCAGAUGCCGGAGCAGCUGGGAACCCACCCCACCCGUCAACGAGAACCGGGAGAUGGCUCCGGCCUGCGCCCGCCCAGGGCAGAGAUGCGCCUGCCCCACGGUUGAGAGGCUCUGGGGACCCCCCUCACCCGCCCAUGUCCAUCAGAUGUGCUGAUGGGCAUGAAUGGGGUGGAGGGGGAGUCCCUUGCCUGCCUGCACCUGUCAGCAGAGCUGAUGGGCAGGGAAAGGUGGGGGACCCCCCCAACGCUGUCAACCGGCUGACAGACAAGUACGAAUGUGGUUCCAGGCAUCACACGAGCCACCAGCCUCUCAAGUCGGCCAGUCGUGAGUGUCGUCUGACUAAGGGCAGCCUCUGUGCCCGGCACCCUGAGUGUGUUCUCCUGGCCCCCGGGGGUCCCUCCCCGGACUCUGCACAGCGGUGCGGUUACACGGGGCCAGCGGAGGCCCGUCCCCUCGCUGGAGGCCUCACAUUCCUGCAGAGUGGGAGGACGGCCCUGGGAGCACCCACAUUCUGUUGUGUUGUCUGCCCUGCUGCCACUGAGCACCCCCAAGCUCCAGGUGAGAAAGCUCUCCAGUCUACAGACUGCGCUCGGCAGGAGCCUUGGCUUCGCGCUAGGUGUAGACUUCUCCCCCCGGCACAAGAUCAGAACGGGCUCAGCCCCCACUCCCAGUGCCAGCCCGGGCGUCCCCACCGGAUGAUGCCACUGGCGUCUUGCAAGAAGGUUCUGUGCCACCCCGACCCCGUGGAGACGGCUCUCCCAGCACGCCAUCUGUGCAGCUCCUGCAUCAGCUCCCGCCUGGCCCAUCGGGGACAUUUGCUGCUGGAAGGGCCUCCUCUGGGAGAAGACAACGCUGUGGAUGCGGCUGAGAGCCGACAUUACCAGGCUCCUGUUGAACAGGUGAGUCCCCACACCGGCCCCGGCGCUCCACCCGUGUGGCUGGACGGCGGGGGUCCCUGGUUUCCGUGGAAUGAGGCCAGCCCCCCGGGUGUCCCUUGCUGGCUCCAUGUGCUGCCCCAUAAGAGUCCAUUUGCAAAGGGAGUGCAGAGAUGUCUCAGCUCACGGGCCACAUCUGCAACUACAGUGAAGGUCCCGGCAGCAGCAGAUGUGGGAGACGCUCUGACCCUGGUCCCGGCCAAGCGGCUGGGAAACCGCUCUGUAGGUGCGGACUCUGGUGUCUGUGGUGGCCUCGGGGUCGCAGUGACCCCCACCCUGUCCCCGCACCCGGAGUGGAGGAGGGCCACCAGCAGGCGGCCUGGCGGCGGCAGGCACCUGGGAAGCAGAUUCCCCUUGAACGCCGCCUGUGUGGCGCCAGUGGCAGGCGCGCUGGAGGGGACAUGGCAUCCGGGCCAGGCUGAGCGCCGCCCCGGGGGUGCCCCGGAGGGCGGCUCGAGAGUUCCGUUUCUGUGCCCACUGAGCGGGUGCAGCCGUGAGGAAGAAAGAGGAGUCUGCGAGCCUCUAGCAGAGGCUCUUCUGACCCCUCUUCGGGGUUCCCGGCCCCCCCUCUGCGUGCCGCGCGCGCGGCAGAGGCCCCGGGUGGAGCGCUCCGGGGACGCAGCCCCUCGCAGUCGUCUGCAGGCAGCGCCCACGGCAAGCCCGCCGCCGCUGGCUGGGCUCUGCCCGCCAGUGGACUGGACUUGCCUUGCCCUUCCCCCGCUGGGGACGCAGGCCCCUCUGUGUGCCCGGCCCCUCUGUGUGCCCGCGACCCCCUUGGGCUCCUGGCCUGCGUCUGCAGGGGGGAGGCGGAGGACCCCCGGCCGCGUCUGGGAGCAGCGCCCCCUAGCGGAGAGCCCGAAUCCUGGCGGGGGCGGAGGGCUCUCGGCUGGCGAGGGGGAGCCGGAGGGUCCUACAGGGCGGUUGGAGAAGAACGUGCGGCUCACCCGGCAAACGCUGAGUCACAGGGUGGUAGUGGGCGCCCCCCAAGGCUGGCGGACAACGGACGGAUGGACAGACAGACAAGCCUGCAGCGCCUCGCUCAGCACGCCCGUUGACUGGAGCAACGUGGCUCCCGCCAGCCAGCCCAUCGUACAGGAAUGA